UAGCAUGUUAUUCACUAACAAGUUUCGCGACUAUGUAGUUUAUUAUCCAUGUUUUAUAUGGACGUAGAGGCAGAAGGCAGAAGCAUUUUCAAUCUCCAGUUCUCUUUGCUUGUAACAAUCGGAUAACAACUUCAAUAUAUUGGAUCAAUUUAGUUGAAUUUUUUUAUCGAGCAGAGUUAUCGGUAAAUCAUAUAAUGGCAACAGAAUGGCGGGAAUUUUACCGGCGUUAGAUUGAUGGGUCGAUGUGAUGUUAGGAUCACAUUUAUGAAGAAACUGUAAAAUAUUCCUCUCUGUCCGUAUAUAUAUUCUGUACUGUCCAGUCACUAACAGAUCUGUAGCAAGUUUAUACUCGGAGGAUAUCGUCUGUACGAGCGGCUCGAUUCGACCACUUCCUCUUUCUGCACGAUAAGAAUAUACACGGGAAACGAAAAAUGUGUGUGAAUCACCGAUGAAUAUAAUUAGAUCACGAGCGAGAUGAUUACAAGUCUAUUUCAUAAUUUGCUGUUACGACUGAGUAGAUAUAAAUAUUUCAUUUACGUUGUGUGAAAUUAAGAUAGACAACAUAUACGAAAUUACGCAAAAUGUACUCGCCAAGAAAGAAAAUUCUUUGGUUCGCAAUCGUCAGUAGAAUCACAAUAUUAAUAUUGCAAACAAUUUUCAAUGCAUCAAUUCCCGACCAUUGUGCGGAUGCGUUUAAAAGGCCUCUGAAUUCCACAGAGAAAGUGGGAUCCCUGUGGGAUAAAAUAAUUUAUUUUUUAUUCAACGGUCUUACACGUUGGGACGGAGAAUAUUUUUUACAUAUUGCGAAAUACGGGUAUACGUACGAGAAUACUAUUGCCUUUUAUCCAUUGUAUCCAGCUCUGAUUCGCAUCGUUGCCAUUGCUUUGACAAAGAUAUUCCCCGCGUUAAACAGUCAAAGUGUCAUGAUUGUUGCUGCAACGCUUAUCAAUUUCGUGUGUUUCGUAAAAUCAGCUCUCAUUCUUUACGAUCUCACCGUACACAUAUUUCAGGAUACUGUAACUGCUUACAAAGCAGCAAUACUUUAUUGUAUAAAUCCAGCCAGCAUAUUUUUCUCAGCCAUAUAUUCAGAAUCCAUGUUUGCAUAUUUAACAUUUUACACCAUGCUUGGCAGUAUGAAAUAUACCAAGUCUACCAUUUAUUUUCCAUUGGCAUUGUCGACUUUAACGAGAUCGAAUGGUAUCGUCAAUAUAGGCUUCCCUAUAUAUUUCGGACUUAAGAAUUUGUGUAAUUCUGUGUCGAAAGAAGUUGAGAAACAUAAACGAAAACGCAACAUACCGUAUAUUUUUAAACUAAUCAUAUUAAAAAAUUGUUUCACUAUCUUGAGCACAAUAAUUAUAUCGCUGUCUCCGUUUUUUCUUUUACAAAUAUACAACUAUACUAAAUUUUGUAUUUCUACACCUGACAAAUCGUUACUGCCAGUUCACGUUUUACAGUAUGCUACAAAAAAUAAUUUAAUAUUACCAGGCAUGACAAGUUCAAUAUGGUGUAACGCUACAGUACCUCUAGCAUAUUCAUAUAUACAAAAGACAUAUUGGAAUGUUGGAUUCUUAAGAUAUUAUCAAUUUAAACAAAUACCAAAUUUUAUUUUAGCUUGCCCGAUAUUGUUUAUUAUGUUGCAAUGCAUAAAAGAAUUUGCUUGCGAAUAUAAGGAUGAAUUGUACUUGUUAGGACUUUUCGAUAGUAAAAGAAAAAACGGAAGUACUACCAAAAUAAAGAAAUACCCAUUAAGUAUGUUCGUCUUUGUAGUACAUGGAUUGUUUCUAACCAUGGUUUGCCUAUUCUUCACACAUAUUCAAGUCAGCACACGUUUAUUAGCUUCUGCAAGUCCUUUGAUAUAUUGGUAUUGCGCUUUAAUUAUGUCUCACAAGUAUAUUGAUCAUAAUGAUUUACGAUAUGAAAAUGAAGAGAACAUUAGUUCGAACUGGAAGGUAUUUUUCUUAUCACAACAACAAUAUACAUUGCAAGAUAAAUUUGUACUAUCCUAUUUUAUAGGAUACACAAUUAUAGGAUGCUUAUUGUUUUCAAAUUUUUUGCCAUGGACUUGAUACAUUACGUUCCAUGUGUGUACACUUAAUUUUUUUAUUAAGAACGUUUUUACAUUUUUUUAUUAUUGUUAUUGUAAAUACUAUAUUUGUUAAAGUUUUUGUACAUAAAGAAUAAAACUUUGUAGGCAAAAACUUUGCUUGCAAAAAAAAUUCUACUAUUAAAAUAUAUUAACUUUACUUUUUAAAAGAAAUAUUUAAGUUUAUGUAUGCUAUAAAACAAUAUAUAUACCCUUAUAUGUGUAUGUGUUACGUAUUUAGAAUUCUGUGAAGAAUAUCCUUCAAUGAAAUGUUGGUAUAUUUAUUUAUAUAAACAAAAACUGUCUUCUAUAUA